AGGUCUGGAGUUGAUGCCCUCGAUUCCGCAUUAAUCCAGCCGCUCGGUUGAUUUGUAGAUAACUACUUAACUGUUAGAAUUAAUUUUAAGAUGAGUGCCGGUGUAUUUUGAAAUAAAAUUUCGUGCAGUGGCUAUGAAAACAAAAUGGAAUCUCUUCUCAGAAUAUCACUCGUCAUAUUGGCUUUUGCCUGCGUCGUUCAAGCCGAAGAAAGCGCUCCCAACUUCGUAAUCAUUCUGACCGACGACCAGGACGUGGUUCUCAAUGGACUGAAUCCGAUGAUCCAGACGCAACAACUGAUAGCAAAUAGAGGAGCAACUUUUCUGAACGCUUUCACAUCAUCCCCCAUUUGCUGCCCGUCGAGAAGUUCUCUGCUAACAGGACAAUAUGCGCACAACGUCAAAACUUUUAACAAUUCCCAAGCCGGUGGUUGCUAUGGAACCCAUUGGCGGGAAAAGGUCGAACCAUCGACAUUUCCCUUAUUGCUUCAGCAGGCAGGCUACCGGACGUUCUAUGCGGGAAAAUACCUCAAUGAAUACUACUCCAAGGAAGUACCUCCAGGAUGGAACGAUUGGCAUGGACUGCACGGCAACUCUAAGUACUAUAACUAUACCUUGAAUGAAAAUGGUCAAAUUGUAACGUUUUCGGACGAAUAUCUGACGGAUGUCUUGAGUAAUCGUACAGUGGAUUUCCUAGCUAACGUCCAACUUGGAGUGCCAUUUUUCGCAAUGGUCGCUCCUCCAGCACCGCAUGCUCCUUACACUGCAGCCGAGAGGCACAAAGAUACUUUUCCCGACGUGAUGGCACCGAGAACCAAGAACUACAAUCUUCCCUGUGGACCACUAGAGAAACAUUGGUUACUUACGAUGCCGCCGACACCACUGCCUGCGGAUAUCCUUGCAAGCAUAGAUGUAAGUUACCGCAAACGCUGGCAAUCUCUCCUGGCUGUUGACGAAAUGGUGGAAUCGAUAGUUAACAUGCUGGACAAUCGAAAACUGUUGACCAACACUUACAUCAUCUACACAUCAGACAAUGGGUAUCACAUGGGACAGUUUGGAUUACCGUACGACAAGCGCCAGCCGUACGAAACCGAUAUCCGGGUUCCAUUCCUUAUGACAGGACCAACAAUUCCACCCAAAACACUUGUUUCCAGUCCGGUGACACUUAUAGAUAUAGCGCCAACCGUUUUGGAACUGGCUGGCUUGCAAGUACCUGCUCAAACUGACGGUGCUUCAGUUUUGAAUAAACUGUAUCAUAUGACGCAGAUAGAGGAAAGGCAGAUAUUGAUAGAAUACUGGGGAGAGGGAACACUAGAAACCUAUAAUCCAGAAUGUCCAUGGCAAAAAAAGGACAAACUCAUGCUUUGCUCGUUGGAUGCUGGGUGCCAUUGUCAGGAUGCAUGGAAUAAUACCUACAGUUGUGUACGCCAUUUGGCUGACGAUUUGGAUAUGAUCUAUUGCCAGUUCAAAGAUAAUGAACAUUUUAUCGAGGCGUACGAUUUGACCAAUGAUAUGUACCAGAUUGAAAAUAUUGCCUACGAUAUGCUUCCAUCCGUACGGGCUAAGUAUGAUCUCGCAAUAACCAAUCUAACUGAAUGCGUCGGGGCGACUUGUAGACGAAUUUAUUAGAUUUGAACAAUUAACUAAAUUUUAUUUACCGUAACAUAUUUUAAAAUUUCAAUAAUAAACGUGCUUUAUCAUCGUU